GUCGUGUUCCUGAGGAAAAGUUGUGGGGCGUCUUUACGUUGUUCUUAACAUUCAAACAUUUGUCAAAUGCAUAUAUUUAGGAGACGGUGGUUUGGCAGGCUUUAGAUUUUUUUUAAGUGAACAUAUGUUUUAAACUGUAGUUAUCGGUUUGAGCUUAAGUUGCAGUUUGCCAGGUUGGAGAUAUUCUUUCGCAUUUUCUGGAUGAAUUUCUUAUAGAAAGGUACAGUUGUUUGCAGUAAAGCACCGCUGCCCACUUAAUGUGACAUAGCAAGGCACGAAAUGUCACAUUCCAGCCAAAAGCCGUCGGAGAAAGCCCUUCUAGACCAAGUGGCCACCCCGACAAACUUGAGUUCAAGUGAAGAAAACGAAGCGGUAAUGGGUAAUGCAAGGGUGGUAUGCCGUGUGUGCAAACGAUUAUAUCGGGAACCAAAAAUACUACCAUGUCUACACACAUUUUGCGCAGACUGCAUUCGUCAAUUAGAACCAUUUACUGCGUCUGUGAAUAGCAAAUCAUUAGCGGUGGUGAGAGAUUCCCACUCGCGUGACCAGCCCUCCGUGACCGUACUUUGCCCUCAAUGUGACUCGGAAGUCGACAUUCCAUUUUCGGGAGUUGACGGUUUGACCACUGACCAUUUGGCCCUGGACGAAGUGUUUCUGGAAACUCUAAACAGCAACAAGUGUGUAGUGUGCGACUUGUGCACCGACGGAGAAGCAGAGAAGCGCUGUGAACUGUGCUGUGUCAACCUUUGUGAGUUCUGCUGCCAAGCACACAGACGCCAGAAGCGGACAGCGUCUCAUUCCGUCCAGAGUCUGCAGGAUCUGAAGGCGCAGGGUCUCAUCUCUCGCCCUGUCCUGUGCUCCCUCCACCCCGGCCAGGAACUUAGGCUCUUCUGUGAGCCUUGUGACCUUCCUGUCUGCCUGGAAUGUGCCGCCACCUUCCACCGUGACCAUCGCUGUAGCUCAACACGAGAUGUCAUUGACCACCAUGGCGACCGUAUCCGGGAGCUAGUUACCGGGUGCCUGCGGCCUCGUCUAGGGCGGCUGGAGGAGUCGCUGAGGAGGGUGGAGCUUUCCCAGGAGGCCUUGCAGGCGAGAGUGGAGACGGCGGCGGAGGAGGUGCGUGCAUUUGCGCGGGGCUAUGCUAGUGCAGUGGAGGCCCACUGUGUGUCUUUACUGCGCCGGCUGGAGGAGCUCCGUGUCCAGCGCAGAAACCAGCUCCACCUGCAGAGGGCACAGCUGCUACAGGCCCUUGCUGACGCCCGCGGGGGAGUAGAGUUUGCGGAGAGGCUGCUUACAUGCGGCUCCGAGGCUGAGAUCCUCAGUGUUAAAGGGGUGACCAUCAGGAGGCUGGCCUGCCUGGCAGAGAGUGGUUACGAUCCCCAGCCAGCCACCGUCAGUCCUGACAAUGGAAGCAGCAUCUGCUUCAUGCCCCAGGAGAGCGCAGGGGAGUUGGAGGGCUACCCGGUGGUGGGAGUGAUCCACGCCAAGACCAUUGAGAUAAGCAAGUGCACCAUCGAAGGGGAAGACGUGCAGCAUGGCAGGGAGGGGCAGAGUGGGGAGAUGUCUGUAUGUAAGUGGCCUGUUUCCUGGUCUCCAGACGUGCAGCAUGGCAGGGAGGGGCAGAGUGGGGAGUUCAUCCUUGUGUGUAGAAACUCUGCUGGGGAGCAGAUGGGCCGCGGAGGUGAACCUGUCCUGGUCAGCAUCAUCCAUAAGGUGAAGAAGGACUGCAGAGUGGAGACCACUGUCCUUGACAACGGCAAUGGUUCCUACAACAUCUCCUACACACCCAAAGAGCCGGGGGUCUACUCUGUGUGGGUGUGUGUCAAGGACCAGCAUGUCAAGGGUUCACCAUUUGUCCUGAACGUUAAAAGGAAGUUCCGACGUCACAGAGGAACGUUCCACUGCUGCUCCUUCUGCUCCAGCCGGGGCUCCAAGGAGGCACGCUGUGGCUGUGCAGGCAAGAUGCCAGGAGGGUUCCAGGGCUGUGGUCAUGGUCAUAAGGAUCACCCUGGGAAGCCCCACUGGUCAUGCUGUGGCAGUGUGGUGGAAGCAUCUGAGUGUCUGCCCCACAGUGUGAUAGCGGCUAUUUCCCCCCGGAACCACCUGAGGACUGUGGAGCUCUGAGGGACAGGAACAACAGGUUUUUGGGUCAGGGGUCAGGUGGUGCUAAUAUCAAGGCACCGGUCAACCAGGUAAUCGAUCAAUCGGCAAGGAGUUUUUGUUUAUUACCACAAGCAUUUUCCCGUGUUUGACAUCUUGUCAUCGCAAAACCAUUUUCAUCUUGUAAUGAGAACCUUUAAGGUUGCAUGGCGGGAAUGGAGCUUCUUAUACUGCAUUGCCUGUCUGCGGUAUAAGAACUGGUUAACCCACCAGUUUUAACCUUGGGAUGACUUUAACCCAUUUGGCUGCUCUCAUUUGCAUUUAGACUGUCCAUGUUUGAAUGUGGGGAUCUUAAGUAAAUGGAACAUUUGGUAAAUGGUACAUCUAGUAAUCAUAUAGAUUAUGAAGGUUCUGUAAGGUUACAUGUGGUAAACUGGACCUUUGCAAAUGCCCCCUUAAAAUGGGACAUUGUUUUAUAUUAUUAUACAUGUUGCCAUUUACACAUCUUUUAGACACUCGGAAAUGUCACUGCUUGUGAAUGCUUAUUCAAGUCUUAAGGCAUCACAUAAUUGACUGUUAAUGCUACUGUCCUGUCACCAUUUUGACUUACUAAACUAAAUGUGAAAUAAAUUCACGUUUAAGUACA